GGUUAGUGGUUCAAAUUACUACGCUACUCGUAUUUGGAGUUGUCACUACCUUGUAAUAGUAGUGGACAAUUGUAUUUUCAAGUCAAAAACACUCUCUGGUCGUACAUUCAUUGGAAAUGAAAUUGAACAGUGCAAUAAUUUAUCAAGUUUAUUUUGUGUUAUGCCAUUUAAAAAAGGUUACAUUAAUAACUGGGAGGCUCAAAGUCAAAUUUUGGAUACAGCUUUUAAAAGCGUGUUUAAAACAAACUCGAACUUCUCAUUAUCUGAUCAUAAUCUAAUCGUUACAGAACCAUAUUUCAAUUUUUCAUCAACUAAAGAAGCUAUGAAUGAGGUGUUCUUUGAAGACUAUCAAGUUGCUGGUCUAAUGCGUACUAAUCCUGCAUUUUUAAGUGCCUACAAGUAUCGAAUUGAAUCAGCUCAACGUUUAUCAAGAUAUUGUAUGGUGAUUGACUCUGGUUAUUCAUUUACGCAUAUUGUACCAAUGGCUGAUGGACUUGUAAUGAAAGAAUUUGUCAUGCGGUUAACUGUAGGUGGAAAAAUACUCACAAAUCGUUUAAUUGAAGCUGUAUCCUAUCGCCACUUAGAUGUACGCAGUGAAAUAUACAUUAUGAAUCAAUGCAAAGAAGAUGUAUGCUAUGUAUCCGUUGAUUUUUGGAAAGAUAUGAAUAUUUCUGGGUCGAAACCAAAAUCAAACAGCAUAUUAAGAGAAUAUGUAUUACCCAACUAUGUAGAUGUCCAUAGAGGAUAUGUUCGUGAUCCGAAUACUGAAGCCGCGAAAACUGGUGGAAGUGAUAAGCAAGACCAACGGGCUUUAAGUCUAGCACAACAAGGAUAUAUUUUACGUUUGAAUAAUGAACGUUUCACUGUCCCAGAAUUACUUUUCCACCCUUCUGAUGUCGGCUAUAAAGAGAUGGGUCUAACUGAAGCUAUUCAGCAUAUAAUGUGUGAACGGCUACCGGCUGCAGUUAGACCAGGAGCUUGGGCAAAUUUCAUGGUAAUGGGAGGUAAUGCCUGCUUCCCAGGAUUAACAGAAAGACUGCGUAAAGACUUGCGUGCUCAAGCACCUGACGACCUUCCAGUGAAUAUAUUUAAACCACCCAAUCCUCAAACUUAUGCCUGGGAAGGUGGUGUACUACUCUGUCAGAAUUCAGAGUCAUUUAAUCAAUUCUUAGUUACACGUAAAGAAUACGAGGAACAAGGAUCAAGUUAUUGUGAGAAACGAUUUCCUACUACUUGAUGUGUAUUACGUCAUCAUAUCUGUCUCUCUGCAUACUUCUGUACAGGAUAAACCAAGAAGAACACCACAUAAAAUGAAAACAUUUGUAUAUUGUUCAUAUAUAUAUAAAUAUGUGUAUACUUAUUCAAUUAUUUAUUGUGUCAAUGUGUAAAUAUGCGUGUAUGUAGUUUUUUAUAAUAUAUUUAUUUAUUUAUAUCAUAUGAAAUACGUUGUGGUCUUUUCCGUUGCACAAAAUUUUAUCUAAAGGUUUUUUAUUUGUUUUGAACAAAAAAUUAUGAAAAG